AUGAUCGAGGCGCACCACAUCAACUUCGACGGGGUGUGCACCCAGAUCCUCUUGCGCGACCUCGAGGCCUUCUACACCCGCCGGGCACACCUGACGCUGAGUCCCGCGGCCAAGCAGUACAGCUCCUUUAUCGCCUUGCAACGGGAAGACGAGACGACGGGGGCGUGGGACGGCGACCUUGCCUUUUGGCGUCGCGAGUUUGCCACCAUCCCCGAGCCGCUGCCGCUGACGCGCGCGAGGGUGGCGGCACGGAAGCCUCUACUGCGGUACGAUGUGCACCGCUUGGACUUCAGGCUUGAUCCAUCCCUGGCGGAGCGAGUAAGGGCUGUGGUGCGCCAGCACAGAGUCACGGCUUUCCAUUUUUACCUCGCUGCGUUCCGCGUCGUCUUGCAGCGGUUCCUCAGUCUCGGCGUCCGCGAUGGCCGGCAAAGCGGAGGCAAGGAGACUGCCGCCGCCGACGACGAUAGUGAUAUCUGCAUCGGCAUCGCGGAGUCCAACAGGCAUGACGAGGAGACGCUCGGCAGCCUUGGCCCCUACCUUAACCUCCUCGCCCUGCGGUUCCGCGACCGCCCCGCGACGUUCGCCUCGGCGCUCGCCUCGGCGCGCGACAAGACCUUUGCGGCCCUGGGCCACGCCGCGGUGCCCUUCGACGCCGUCCUGCGCGCCCUCCGCGUGCACCGCGACAUGUCGCACGCGCCGCUGUUUCAGGCCUUCCUCGACUACCGCCUCGGCUUCCCCAAGCAGCAGCCGUUUGCGGACUGCACGCUCGAGGUGUUGCGGUUCGAACCGGGACGGACGGCGUACGACCUGAGCGUCGACGUCAUCGACAACCCCCUAUACAACGACGCCAGCGCCCCCGGCGGCAAAGGCGGGGGUGAUGCGCUGCUGUCUGUGUUUGGGCAGGCUGCGCUCUACGAGCAGGACGACGUUCGCAUCUUUGCCGCCUGCUUCGAGGACGUGAUCAGGGAGUUUGCCGAAGAGCCGAGCAGGAGCUUGUCGGUUGGGCUUGGGAGCGAGUGGAGCUAUCGUGAUGCCGACGUGGCCAAGGCAUUAGAGCUCAGCAGAGGUCCCGCAUAUGAAACACAAUGGCCCGGCACGUUGGCACACCGGCUCGACGACAUGGUCGCCGCGCAUGCAGACAAGGUAGCUGUGAAGCUUGCGGCCGCCGGCGGCAAUGGUGGCAGCCUCACGUACAAGCAGCUCGAUGACAAGACGAACGCCAUCGCGGCCGCACUGAUGGAGAACGGCGUGUCCAGGGGCCGGUACGUUGCCGUCCACCAGGAGCCAACACCGGACUGGAUCUGCUCAAUGUUGGCCAUUCUCAAGAUCGGAGCCGUCUACGUGCCGCUGGAUCCAGGCACGCCAGCUGCCCGGCUCGCCAUGGUUGUGGCCACAUGCCAUCCUGCUGCCCUGCUCGUGGACAGAACCACAGGGCCCAGCUGCGCCUUCGAAGUCCCAACCGCGAUCGACGUUUCAACGGUCCCUGUAUCCAACGUCCGCCGGAUACAGACCGUGCCAGAUGCCCACGAACCGGCCAUCGCCCUCCACACCAGUGGCGCCACGGGAACCCCCAAGGUCAUUGUCCUGACACACGCCAACUUUGCCCACGAGAUCGAAACCUCGGCCAAUACCUACGGGCUGGACUCCAACGUCACCGUCCUCCAGCAGAGCGCAUUCGGUUUCGACAUGUCGGUCCUGCAAACCUUGCUCGCCUUGGCUCUGGGAGGGACACUCGUCAUGGUGCCGCGCGAGCUUCGGGGAGACGCCGUCGCCAUGACCGAGUUCAUCGUCAGUCACAAGGUCACGUACACCUGCGCGACCCCGACCGAGUACAGCAGCUGGCUCCGGCACGGCGACUGCGCGGCUCUGCGGCGCUCCCACUGGACCGUCGCGCUCAGCGGCGGGGAGGCCGUCAGCCAUUCACUCCCCGAUGGCCUCCGCGAGCACCUCGGCGCCAAGUCGGACAUGCGGAUGUUCAACGGCUACGGCCCCGCCAAGACGACUUGCUGCUCCGCCUCGACUGAGCUCGCGCUCCGUGGCGGCGCAUCCAAGCUUCCGGCCACGACCCCGGCCGGACCCGCCUGUCCCACCGAGUGCGUCUACAUCCUCGACGAGGAGAUGCGUCCGCUGCCGCUAGGCCACCCUGGCGAGAUUUGCAUCGCUGGCGUUGCCGUGGCUAACGGAUAUCUUGGCAACGAAGCACUCACCAGCCGAGCAUUCGUUCGGGAUUCCUUCGCCACUGAAGAGUACAUACGCAAGGGAUGGUCAACAAUGUUUCGCACGGGAGAUAGGGGCCGCCUCCUGCCCGACGGGUCCCUUGUCCUUGAGGGACGGAUUGGCGAUGACACCCAGAUUAAGAUUCGCGGGGUCCGUAUCGACCUGCGGGACAUUGAGCAGACCAUCGUCCAGGCUUCUGGGUGCGCCAUUGCGAAGGCGGUUGCUGUCGCGCGCACGACGUCGAAUUCGUCCGCUGCAGAGGGCACCUCUGAUUCCCAGUUUAUUGUUGGCUAUGUCGUCUUGGAUGCCGGGUUCCUCAAGCAUCAGCUACUGGAAGGGCCAACCGGGGCGACAUCUAGUGAACAAGCAUACCUGGCUCACCUCCUCGCAGGCCUGCCGCUCCCGCGUACCAUCUGCCCCAGCAUGCUGAUUUCGAUCGACAAAGUGCCGCUCACCACUUCCGGGAAGAUGGACCGACGUGCGCUGGCGGCCCUGCCUCUCGACCGAUCCUCUUCAACCGCCGCGCGCCGACAGAUUGAGCAGACCGAGCCCCUGACAGACAUGGAGCUGCGCACCCAGGCCAUAUGGGAACUAGUCUUGGACUUUCAGGGCCAUCAUUUCAACGACCCUCAAGAGUCGGCCCCCGUCGUCACGUCAGACACCGACUUCUUCCACGUGGGCGGGACAUCAAUGCUGCUCCUGGAGCUGAGGGAGCGGAUCAAAAGACAGCUGAGACUCUCCGUGCCGCUGAUGCAGCUGUUUGAGCACAGCACGCUGGGCGCCAUGGCAACCCUUCUUGCUGAGCAGGAGGCGAAGGCCCGGGCAGACAUCGAAUGGGAGUCCGAGGCGACUCCUUCUGAUGAGCUUCGCACGCUGGCGCAAACUGUCCUCCUGCGCAGCAUCAUGCCCGGAAGUUUCCCACGGGCCGAGCGAGACCAAGACGGUGGUGCUCACAGGGGCAUCGGGUAUUCUCGGACGACAGGUGCUCAACCGCCUCCUGGCCGCUCAGAAGACCGGUGA